AUGUUACUAUUACAUGUUAUGCGUAAAAAAAUACAAAGUGAUAAAAAAAGACCAAGAGCAAGGCGAUGGUGGAUGCUGACUGUGCAUAAAAAUCGAACCAAGGAAUCUAUGGAGACAAGGUUUCAAGAAAUGUUAGCAGAACCCUCUAACGAGUUUGAUAAUUUCUGCCGAAUGUCUUAUGCAGAUUUUAAUUUUUUGUUACAAAAAGUCCAUCCCAUAAUUUCUAAAAAGGAUACAAAAUGGAGAGAAGCUAUACCUGCAAAAUAG